CACACGACUGCCAGGGGACCAGCAUGGACCAACUAGCAUCAGCGCCCCAAACCUUCUCGUCCAACAUGGCAGUUCAAAGUCCUGACACUUUGCUGGACAGGAUGAAGUUCGGAGCUACUCUGUUCUUCACUGGAAUCUUCAUAGACCUCGUGGGUGUUGUUUUCACUGUUACUGGCUGGGAACACUACCGAGCUAACAGCACCUUUGAGUGGACCCAAAUCCUGGGCCCCGUCAUUAUCAUCAUCGGAGGCACUUUCAUUGUUACCAGUGUCUUGAAGUUCAAGAUCGUCUCCUGUUGGCCCUGUGGACAGUGGGACGAGGAAGCGACCGCGAUGGAGGAAACCUCAACAGGACACACUUUUACCUUAAGUUGCAUAAAUCAGCAAGUUGUGUUCAGUGGUGCCACGACAAUGCUGUGUGUUCCACCUGUGUAUGACUUUAGAAACCAGGAAGUACGUCAGACCAUUGACUUCCAGCCGGGCAGGUCUGUGAGCCUGGCAUCCAUUCCUUCUUAUGAAUCUGUGUGCUGUGUGGAUAACGCAGCUUUUACUGCAGAAGAGGAAAGCUCAGCUGUCAACACAGGAACAGGCCACAGAACGAGCAGGUCUUGGAGGUCGGAAGAGGAAAGACAUUGCGACGGCGACGGCGGCUCUACCCAUUCACGUCCACCUGCGUACGAGGACAUCUACCCUUCCUCCCAAAAACACAAUCGGACAUAAACGCCUCCUGGAAUCCUGGAAUUUCACCAUCCUUCUCUUCCUCUUUGCGUGUCAAUAGGUUCACAGAUGAUUCAUCAAAGUGAUUUGAUGAGGUUUUCACUUUCCUCUCACAGCUGUUAUCAUGUAGUUACCACGAUAAUUAUGUAUGAAGUCACACAAUCCUCCAAGAUGAGGCUCCCUGGAAGAAGAAAACCUCAUUAAAAUGGAGAUUUAUGGACAGACUCAGCUCUAUCUGAGGGCUCUGAAGGUUUUUUGGAAAAAAAAAAAACAACUUAAAGAUACUAAAUUUAUAUUCAGCAUAAAAACACACACAUUUAUCCAGCGCUCGCUGUCUCCCGAUAGCUGCGCAAACCACUGUACAUGCCCAUUAAAUGUUGGCAGGGGAAAUGUUGACAUGUAGACAGCCACCAUGGCCCGAAACAAACAUGGGGACAAUUUAGCAGAGGUCCUUUGAAAAAAACAAGGAACUGUUUUCUCCUGCUGGGAGAAAAUGAACAUCAAAAGAGGAAAAAAAAAAGUCAUAACAGCUAUUUAAUUUAGUUUGGAGUCGUAAUUGUUCACAUAUUGGCAGCGUUUUAUCAUGUUUGUGUGCAGCGUUUGAAGACGGCGUGGAGGUCACAGGACGAUCACCUCGACACGAGGAGACCUCUGUUCAAAUGAGUUCAGAGCGCCGACGAUGGGAAGUAACUAAGUACUCAGUAACUAAGCAACUGAGGACAUGUGCUUUACUUGAGUAUUUCCAUUUUCUGCAACUUUCUGCUUCUACUUUAAUCCAGAUGCAAAUAUUUCUACUUUUUACUCAUUUACAAACUUUUACUUUUUUUGAUUUGUAACAUGAAAUGUGGUCAACAAAUAAAAUAUAUUACACUUUUAUUUAUCCUCAA